UCUAAUCCUUCUCUAGUUUUUGAAAAAAAAAAAAUUGUUCAAUUUUGCGCAACUGUCGAAGAUGGUUGCCGAUAGUUGCUGGGUGGACGCUGCCGUCUCCCUUCCUCCGCAGCCUUUUUCCGGCUGCAGUGGAUCUCUUCUUCCUUCUCCGGCGACGAACACCGCUGCCGCUGUCCUGCCGCCGCUCUCCGCUAAUUGGUCGCCGGAACACUCGGCGGUUCUGUACCGGGUGGACCUUUGGGGUGCGCCGUACUUUAGCGUUAAUCCAAACGGCAACAUCUGUGUACGUCCCCAUGGCGUCGACACCUUGGCGCACGAAGAAAUUGAUCUUCUUAAGGUCGUGAAAAAAGCUUCCGAUGACCGAAGUUCUGGCGGUCUUGGCCUUCAGCUUCCCCUAAUUGUUCGUUUUCCCGAUGUGCUGAAGAACCGUCUGGAGUGCCUCCAAUCUUCCUUCGACAUCGCUAUUGAAUCUCUAGGGUAUGAAGCUCAUUACCAAGGCGUUUAUCCUGUUAAGUGCAAUCAAGAGAAGUUCGUCGUUGACGACAUUGUCAGGUUUGGAUCGAGCUUCCGGUUUGGACUCGAAGCAGGAUCUAAGCCUGAGCUUCUCCUGGCUAUGAGCAGUUUAUGUGAAGGAUCUCCUGAGGCUCUGUUGGUGUGCAAUGGAUUCAAGGAUGUCGAGUACAUAUCUCUAGCUUUACUCGCUAAAAAGCUCGGUAUGAACUCCAUUAUUGUUCUCGAGCAGGUGGAAGAGCUCGAUGCAGUGAUCGAUGUCGGCCAAAAACUUGGUGUUCGUCCCGCCGUUGGUGUUCGGGCUAAGUUGAGGACGAAGCAUUCUGGCCAUUUUGGUUCUACCUCUGGAGAGAAAGGGAAAUUUGGCCUCACUACAAUGCAGAUUCUCCGUGUUGUUAAGAAGUUGCAGCAACACGAAAUGCUCGAUUGCCUGCAGCUGCUGCAUUUCCACAUCGGAUCUCAAAUCCCGACCACAUCUUUACUCGCUGACGGUGUUGGCGAAGCAGCACAAAUCUACUGUGAACUAGUUCGAUUUGGCGCUUCUAUGAGAAUCAUCGAUAUCGGUGGAGGCUUAGGAAUCGAUUACGAUGGGUCCAAGUCCGGAGAUUCUGAUCUCUCCGUCGGCUACACUCUUCAAGAGUAUGCUUCCGCUGUUGUAGAGGCGGUUCGACUGGUUUGCAAUAGCAAGGGGGUGAGGCAUCCGGUGAUUUGCAGCGAAAGUGGCCGCGCAAUUGUUUCUCACCACUCGAUUUUAGUUUUCGAAGCUGUUUCGACAUCAAGCUCCCAUGGUUCGCCGCAGUGUUCAUCUCUCGGAAUUCAGUACCUCCUGAGUCAACUGACCGGCGCCGCUCUUGAGCAUUGCAAAAACUUGUCUGCUGCGGCGAGCAAUGGCGAGUACGAUGGCUGUUUGGUUCAUGCUCGAGACUUGAAGCAGAGUUGCGUUGAGCAGUUCAAAGAAGGAUCUUUAACCAUGGAACAGCUCUCUGCCGUAGACUCCCUCUGCGAAUUGGUGAUGAGAGCAGUUGGCGUUAUUGAUCCAAUCAGCACAUAUAAUGUAAACCUGUCGAUCUUCACAUCAAUCCCCGAUUACUGGGGGAUUCACCAGCUGUUCCCGAUCCUUCCGAUCCAUAGGCUCGACGAGCACCCGACUGUCCGGGCAAUUCUAUCGGACCUGACCUGCGACAGCGAUGGAAAGAUCAACAAGUUCAUCGGAGGCGAGGCUAGCUUGCCUCUGCACGAAAUUAGCAACAGCUCUGCUCCUUAUUAUCUCGGCAUGUUCCUCGGAGGGGCUUAUGAGGAAGCGCUCGGCGGCUUCCACAACCUGUUUGGCGGCCCGAGCAUUAUUCGGGUUUCCCAGAGCGACGGGCCACAUGGCUUUUCCGUUACUCACGCUGUACCCGGGCCAUCGACUGCCGACGUGCUCCAGUUGAUGCAGUACCAACCUGAACUCAUGUUUCAAACACUCAAGCAACGGAUAGAGGAGCAGGAGGACGACGACGACGACGGCGAAGAUGGGCUCAGCACUGCAGAGCUAGUUGAUGGCGUCGCUCGCUCUUUCGGUAACAUGCCUUACUUGACGGCGACAUCCUCGUCUACCUGUUAUUAUACCGGCAGUUUUCUAAAUACAUUUACGUAG